AGAGAACAGCCAUGCAUAUACAUAGUUACCUUUAAUAGUCCUGGACGACAAGUACUACGGAUGCAUUUGUAGUUUGAUUUUCUCGACCCAGAAGGUCUUUGAAUCUCUCCCUCGCGUAGCUCAAGUUCGCUGGCGGAGUGAGUAUAUUAAUGAUUUUCAUUUUCUUCGCUAACAAUAAAAGCUAAAGCACAUCAUUGUCAACAUGAACCUCUUUCUCCGGCUCCAGGCGAAUGCGUCCCUUGGGUGCGUCGUUUUCACCCUGGCCAUUCGGUUUUUUCGUUUUCAAGGGCACCGCAAACUGCUGGCGCAAUGCGUUGCAACAUCAACAACAUCUGAAGAUGCGGGUGUAGUAGAACAAGAGCUGGCAGCUUCUACUACUUCAUCGUUCUCCAAGUGGUCGGCUGCUUACAAGUUGUUGCAGCUGGCGCGGCCUGCGUGUGAUUUUGUCGCGCAGCGAACAGACACAGACUUGACGCAGGCGGCGAUUAUCAAAUGCAAAAGUGUCUGGGUCUGGAACAAGGCAACUUGUCAUGCUAAAUCUGAAUCAUGUAUAAAAUCUGCGUUGCGCCGUGAAGUGAUUACCAAAAGCUGUCCACUUUCCACCUAAUCGAGAGGCUGUUUCUCAUGCAGGAUAGGCAUGAUAGAUCUCUCACAGAAUCUGUCAUGCUAUGUCCCACAUACCAGACCUCAUGGGUCAUGGAAAACCUGCAUGACAAGUCUGGCACUCUUCCAGACCCAGACACUUUUGCAGUUCAUAGCCAUGACCGUCGUGCUAUUCUCUGUCCUGCUUUAUGCAUUGCAAGUUAAUAAUAUGUCUCGUUCUGGAAAGAAUGGGAUUUGUGUUGCUAACUUCCGAUCACACAAAAACCUGUAUUGCAUGACCAGCAAAAUAAGCAGGCACUCAAAUUGCCUUCACCCGGAGACGAGGGCAUUUCUCAUGCAGGAUAGGCAUGGGCAACGGCAAGCCUCCGCAAAAGCUGUGAUGCUAGACCAUGCAUCACAGGCAUCGCGGGCCAUGUACAAUUUGCAUGACAAACUCCCCCUAUAAUGAAUCUUCCAGACCCAGACAUGUUUGCGUUUGAUAUGUUUUCCGCCUGGGGCCGCAUGUUGUCGAGCUCUCCGACCCCAGCAGGAGGCGGGGCAAGUGAUGGUAGUACAGGUGCCAGCGUGGUUGGAAAUUAUAACCGCAGGAGUGGUCCCGACGAUGGUCGUACUAGUGGUAGUGCCGAGCCACCCUCUAUCCAACGAAAAAACUGUGUUAGUGUAGCUAUCCUUGGCUGGCAGCAUCACAAAUUUGCUCUACAUGACAGAGAAAAUCUGUCACGCGUGGCUUGUAAGGGAAAACAUGCAUGAAAAGAGGAGUUCGUGGCUGUCUGGCAUGACAGGCGUAACUCUGUUGCAUGUUCUGCAUUACAGAGUUACACUGUGCACAGUUUUUUUCUUGCAUACCCUUAGAAGCUGGUGCCGUCAGCAACGCCAACAAUGUGAUCGAGCUAGGGCCUGGGGGAGUGAAGAUGAUCUCCACUACAAGCAAGAUGCGGCUGCCCGGGGGCGCAGUAGACAACUCGAAGAACAAGGGCAGUUCUGGACAGGAGCAGCACGUGCAGGUAAUAGACGCGCAAACCCUAAGCGACGCGGUGAGAGGUGCCUAUCCUCUGCAGAAGUAUCGUACUCUUACUAAUCGGAGUCAUGCAUCACAAAUCUUUUUCUUGAGGCAGAUCCGCAUUACAAAUUCCAUUUCUAAUGCUGAGGAAAUUUGCAAUGCAAUUUAUACUAGCAGGAUGCUUUUGCAGUUCAUAGUGCCGCGAAACGGACGAUUUUUUUCGAGCUGGAAUUGCAGAGAAGCGGAUCAUCUUCAUCUACAUCCCCGUCCGGGCAACAGUCCUGGGGAUUUCGGGUGGACACAGGCGACAAACGCGACUGGAUCAUUCUCGCUGUGGACCCCGACUCUCCUGCGGGCCGCGCAGAAUCGCCCGCACGGAUCGGAUCCACCGCUGCCGCCGGGCACAAAGACGGGGCACCUCUAAAACUAGCGCCGGGGGAUUUGAUUUUCGCGAUCAACUGCCAAACAGCGAUGCUGGGGCAGGCCAUGCACAAGGCCAAGGGUGCUGCAAAAUUGAAGCUGUCCAUUGUGUAUCCAGGAGAAAACACCCAUCUCCAUCCAUUUUUUGCAUGACAAACGCAGCAAAUCACGCAUGUUUUGCAUGACAAAGUGGAUGGGGAUGGGUGUUUUUGAUUGGAUGUUGUGCGCACGGAAUACGACGAGCGGAAGGUAGAAUUCUACUUGCUAGAAGUUUAUCAUAUAUUGCCUUUCAGGAUCCCUUCUUGUUCUUUCACAUUCACUAUGGACUCCAUCGGGCAUAAUUAUUGUUUGAGUGAUGGGAUUUUUUUUACAUGCAUAUUUAUACCACCACAAUUUGUUUUUCUCCUCGAUCUACUUGCUUGGAUGUUGUUCCGUUGUGAGCGACGUUUUGAUGUUGAUCCAAAGAAGUUAUUAACAAAGUACCUGCACCCUCCCACUCCCACACUCACAAGGCUGCUGACCUGCGUCGGCGCUUUCCGCAAGCCCAGCUGGUUUCGCGGAUUCCGGAGGGGGUCGAGAAUAUCCCACGAAAAAACUGUUACAGUUACACAUUGAUUUGUAGUCAAUUCAGUAACACAAAUUUCUCAGCAUGAGAGAGAAAACUUGUAAUGUAGAAAUCCUAGUACGGGAAAACACCUACUUAUGAAACGAGGCUCCUAUCAUGCAUAUCCGGCAUGACAGAGCUUGUCUGUCUUGCCUGGCCUGCAACACAAUGUGGAAGUGUAGCACUUUUUUUCUUGCGAUAGAGAAGAAGUGGUCCGCCACACUCACGGGAGGGCGGCUCGGCAUCGAGAUGGCCCAGAACUGCAUCUGCAGCGAAAACGUCCGCUAUGACAGUGCACGAGAACUCCCCCUCGUUCUCAUUAUUUCUCAUGCAAAAGCUCAACUCCAAGUGCAGCUUCCUUGUGUCACUAUUAUGUAUGACAGAUUCCGGAACCGGAAGCCCAAACAGUACUACACUAGAACUGCAUGGAUUUGUGAUGCACAGGCUCCGUGUGUGAGUGCUGGUGUUUGUAUUGCUGCUCAUGCAACACAAAUGAGGGGGAGGGGGAGUGGUGCACGUUCAUAUCCGCAAGUCCAGCCUGUACUUGUCCAAGCUCGACGAGAAUUCUGUUCUUCGGUCGCACGGGGCCUUAUGGAUUCCAAAAAUGUCUGGGUCUGGAAGGUUGCAACUUGUAAUGCUGUCUUUAGAUUCCAAAAAAAUCUGUAUUGCAUGACCAGCAACAGGACUCCAGUUUGUGUUACGUGGAGAGGGCAUACAUUUCUCAUGCGGAAUAGGCAUUAGGAAGCCCUCUAAAAAUCUGUGUUGCUAGAUCAUGCAUUAGAGGCAUCAAUCAUCAUACAAAAUAUGCAUGACAAGUCUGCAUUCUUUCAGACCCAGACAUUUUUGCAUUUGAUAGGCCUGCGACGGCGACUAUAUGGACGACUUGACCGGGCUAUCCUGUGCAAAAGUAUCGUACUCGUACUAAUCGCAAUUAUGCAUGACAAAUCUUGUCCUGAAGGUCAAACAGCAUGACAAGUUCCAUUUGUCAUGCUGAGGUAAUUUGUAAUGCAAUUACUACUAGUACGAUGCUUUUGCAAUUCAUACGGGCACCCCGCCCUGGACCGUCUUGCGUCGGCCACCGUCGUCGAAAAACUGAGCCUGGUGGUGCAGAGGAUCGGGUCCCUGCAGGGCAUCACCGUCCAUUUUCGCAGAAUCACGAGUACUAUUUAGACUGCAGUACUAUCAAUCUACUACGCAUAUAAUAUCUACUACUAACAUGUUGCAGCACGUCGUAGUCGAUUCAGAGCAAGCAACGGGUAGUUGUGCAGGAAAUAAACUACAAAAAGCAAUUUCACUAAGGUCAAAUUCGUGCACGACAGGAGCUGCUUGCGUUGUCGUUGUGCUGAUGACAAUUUAAUGUUUCGCAUCCCCAAAUGCAAAUUCUUUUGGUGCACGAAAUCGAAAUCAAAAAUUUGUGAAUUAGGUGCGAAUCCGAUUACGGAGACCGCAAAGGGACAAGACCCGUAUGCAUUGCAAAUAUGUCUGGGUCUGGAAGGAUGGAACUUGUAAUGCUGUCUCGUCUGGAUUCCAAAAAAAUAAAAAUCUGUAUUGCAUGACCAGCAAGAGGAGCGCAGUCUGUGCUACGCGCAGAGGGCAUUUCUCAUGCGGAAUAGGCAACAGGAAACGCUCUAAAAAUCUGUCAUGCUAGGUCAUGCAUUACAGGCACUAUAGCUCAUGCGAACUAUGCAUUACAAACCUUGCAAUUUUUCCAGAGCCAGACAUUUUUGCAAUGCAUAGCCCGUGCGUGGGGACGAUCAGCUGCAGUCCGGUCGUGCCGAUCGCCUUUGACCAGGAUGGAAGGCUGGUUGCCGUAUGGAGAGAAAAUAAAAAGUUUGUCACGGUCACUCUCACUAAGUUGCAUUAGCAUCACAACUUUUGCUUGUAUAAUUGCAGAAACAACUACACUAGGCAGGAAUCCCGUAAUAUGAAGUUUGGCUGUGAUGCUUUUUUACGCAUGACAGGCAUCUUUGUAUUGCAAAAAUUCCCGUGAGUGAUCGUGACGAUUUUUUUUCUUUUGAUAUGCCGCCGAGCCACUUCACUCCCUGGACGAGGGGGAUAUCCUUGGGCGGGUAAAUCGAAAGACCGGCUUCUUGCAGAUGUGCCUCGAGUUUGCGCAGGCGAGGCUGCAUGUGCAAGACCAAGACGGCGGGUGCCCGAUCUUGUGCGACCUCUACACCUGGCAGUCCACGUCGGGCCAAGAAAGUGGUGCUGCAAGUGCACAUAGUACAAGAACUGCAGACAGUGCGGCCCCCGCAGCAGCCCUGCGACAGCACGACACCAGAGACGAGAUCGAGCGUACCACGAAAGUUGUGCAGGAGCUCUGCCGGCAGCAGGAUGAGGAGCGGGCGCUGCUUAUCCUGUUUAAAAACGUCCCCACCUCCCCAGAGUUGUAAUGCAAAAACGCAUGCUCAAGCUCAAAAUGUUUCGCAUGCGGAGCCCCAUGACAGAUCUUUUCUAGUCGUGUUUUGGAAUUUGUAAUGCUCGAAUCACCAUAGUAGGCUAUAUUUGUGAUGCUUCUGAACGAGGUAAACAGGAUUACGCUACGAGGCCGAACUUGUCAUGCGAAACACCCCUAAGCGUGUAGAUUUGUCUAGCAGAUCUCCCAUCUUGAGGACUAUGGGUUGGGGACGUUUUUACUCAGGAUACUGCUGGAGGACUCGCUCGCACGGGCCGAAAAGAACUUCUCACGCUUGCGGCGGGACUAUGAACUGCAAAAGUAUUGUACUAGUAGAAAUUGCAUUACAAAUGGACUUGGCAUUACAAAUUGAAUUUGUAAUGCGGAUUUGCCAUAACAAAAAGAUUUGUAAUGCAUAAACGCAACUAGAAGUACGAUGCUUUUGCACUGCAUAGGGACACGUCUUUUCGCCACGAGGACAGCGCGAAGAAGAAACAGGACAUGAUCCAACAGCUCGAAAGCAUGUACUCAAACCUGGCGCACGUGAACGAAUUCAUCUCGACGAGGGUAUGCAAGAGAAAAUAAAGAUAAACGGGGUUUGGUGUAAAACAGAACUAGAUUUUACGUUGUGAAAUACAUUGACAUUCUUUCAUUAUCAUGCAGAGGAAAAAAACAUGCAGCGAGCUGUCAUGAUGCGAGAUGUGCGGCAUUGCAGGCUAUACCUGUCGUGAGUUGUUUCUUCACGUCCAGCAAGUACUCUUGCUGGCCGAUGCUACUGGGCGGGAACCACGAACAAGAAAUUUGUCAUGUGAUUCGCUCGAUAGAGUUAUUACACCAACGCAUAGCUGUUUUUUGUUGAUUCGGGCACACGACCGUGUACAAUGGAGCCUGAUGUGGUCGUGAUACUGUCGACAACUAUUGAAGAGCAUCAUCAUCCUGGCGUGGUGCUGCUUAUAUGCAAGCAAAACGUAGAACAAGAACUCCUAGAGUGAUUCUCUUCAAACGUUAGACAGAAACUUUGAAUUAUGUCGCGACCGCAACGUCGCGAGCGUUGUCGUCGGUCCCUCGCGCAAGGAACAAGGACCGCCUGGAUAGGUCGUGGUCCGCCGAAGGCGUUAGUAGUUGUACCUCUCACAUCUUCAAGAGGAUCAGCUGCACAAGUGAGGAACAGGUUCUUCUAUUUCCGGUUUAUUUUGUGCCGAGUGGUACUGGCACAGCAAUAGCAGAGAAUCCCUGACCUAUUUUUUCUUCAUCCGAAGAUGCCGAACCCGAACAACAAGAGACUUCAAUUGAUUCG